GUGCAUUGAUUGAACCUGUGUUGACAAUAAGAGGGGGGCUUAGAAAACAAUUCAAAAUGGAUGGAGAAGAUGAGAAUAGUUGCAGCAUAUACCCAGUCACGAUGCCCUAUAGCGUAGAUUUAAAGGCUCGGUUUCAGCAUUUCAUGGAGGAGCAGAUGCACACCAGCAUGUGGACUGGUGUGUUAAUUGGAGUGGCAGCCGCCUCACUUAUCAGUGUUAUCAUAUUCCUCCUGUACAGAAGAUUUAAAGCAAGAGAACAACAAUCUGGAGUCCCUAAGUAUCGCUUUAGGAAAAGGGAUAAAGUGCUGUUUUAUGGCCGAAAAAUUAUGAGAAAGGUUCAGACCUUAUCUUCACCGGUCAAUUCAGGUCCAGUAUCUCAGAAGAGAACCAGAAAAAGACCAAAAGUUCUUUCAAUAGCACGCAAGAUCUUGCGAAUUCGUCGGGAGCCCCCCACUCUUGAACCUAAAGAGCCUCCGCCGUCGGUUCUAGAAGCCGACCUGACUGAGUUUGAUGUGCAGAACUCACACCUGCCCUCUGAGGUCCUGUACAUGCUUAAGAAUGUCAGGGUUCUGGGUCACUUUGAGAAGCCUCUGUUUUUGGAGCUGUGCCGUCACAUGGUGUUUGUGGAGCUACAGCAGGGAGAGGGACUCUUCCGGCCUGGAGACACAGAUGACAGUAUCUUUGUCGUGCAGAAUGGCCGCCUGGAUCUCUGCAUUAAUGAGAUUGAUGGCACAGAGCUGGUUGUUAAGCAUGUUUUACCUGGAGAUAGUGUUCACAGUCUGCUCAGCAUCCUGGAUGUCAUCACUGGAUAUCCAGCACCCUAUAAGACAGUAUCAGCCCGUGCUGCAGCUCCCUCCACCGUGCUUCGUCUCCCAGCCUCAGCCUUUCAGUCUGUGUUUGAGAAAUAUCCUGAAACUUUGGUCCGAGUUAUUCAGAUCAUGAUGGUGCGGCUGCAGAGAGUGACUUUCCUCGCCCUGCACAACUACCUGGGACUGACCACUGAGCUCUUCAACUCGGAGAAUCAGGCGGUUCCUCUGGAGAACGUUGCCAGGGUGCUGGGUGAAGGAAGCCCAGGCCGUGGUCACCGCAGACACUCACACACUGGAGAGGAAGCUGUUACUGACAAACUGACCAACCCAGAGAAACACAGCGAUACAGCUGAUGGAAGGUCACGGUCAGCGCAAAGCCUUUCAGCUGCUUUCAGGAAGUCUCGCUCCAUGUCGUCUCCAGCAGACAACUCCCCUCCAGGCAGCGACCACAACACUGCUUAUAAAGAAGUGACAAAUAAUGCAGUUUCUACAGGCCCUGUCGUUCAUAAGGGGAUUCUCAAGAAGACAGUUACUAUGCAGCCUGCUCCCUCUGCUGUGUACCACUAUUCAGACACUGGGGGGCACUCAGGCCACGUUCACCACAGCAAAGUCAACGCCAUCUUUCAGGCUGCCAAGAAAGACUUGCUUAAGAUUAUUGAGCUGCAGGACCCCAGUCUGUUAGAAGGCAGAGUUACUCUGAGACAAGUAAAGGCUGGCAGUGUGGUGGCAAACCAAGGAGAUCAGGACGUGAGCAUGCAGUUCGUGAUCUCAGGAAUGCUGCACGUGUACCAGCGGACGAUUGAUGGCGAUGAGGACUUGUGUCUGUUCGUGACUCACCCGGGCGAGCUGGUGUGCCACCUGGCUGUUCUUACUGGAGAACCGCUCAUCUUCAGUGUACGAGCUCACCGUGACUGCAGCUUUUUGUGCAUCUCCAAAAACCACUUUUAUGAGAUCAUGCGUGAGGAACCUCAGGUGGUGAUGAAAGUGGCUCACACAGUGGUACGCAGAGUCUCCUCAUUCGUCAGACAGAUUGAUUUUGCACUCGACUGGAUGGCAGUGGAGGCCGGAAGGGCUGUUUACAGGCAGGGUGAGAAGUCAGACAGCACUUUCAUUGUACUGAGUGGUCGUCUGCGCUCGGUUAUCGCGAGGGAUGAUGGGAAGAAAGAGCUUGCUGCGGAGUAUGGUAGAGGUGACCUCAUUGGCGUGGUGGAAGCUGUUACACACAUGAAUCGAGCCACCACAGUGCACGCAGUGAGAGACUCUGAGCUGGCUAAACUACCUGAAGGAGCUUUGGUCUUAAUCAAGAGGAAAUAUCCUCAGGUGGUGACAAGGCUGAUUCACCUGCUUGGACAGAAGAUCUUGGGAAACAUGCAGCAAGUCAGUGGACCUUUAUCAGCUCACGGUCUGGGUUUGCAUUCCUCCGGCAGUAAAUGGGAUGUGGGCAAUCCUGUCUCCAAUCUAUCCACCGUUUCCAUACUGCCUGUUUCUGAUGACGUGCCCAUGACUGCCUUUGCUCUGGAGUUGCAGCAUGCCCUCAGCGCCAUCGGUCCCACUUUACUUCUGACCAGCGACAUCAUUAAACACCGGCUGGGUGCUGCGGCUCUAGACAGUGUUCAUGAAUAUCGGCUGUCCAGUUGGCUGGGCCAGCAGGAGGACAUCCAUCGGAUUGUUCUGUACCAGUCUGACAGCUCACUGACACCAUGGACGCAGCGCUGCAUCCGUCAGGCUGACUGCGUCCUCAUUGUGGGUCUUGGAGAGCAGGAGCCUACAAUAGGAGAGCUGGAGCGAAUGUUGGAGGGCAGUUCUGUUCGGGCUCAGAAGCAGCUGGUCCUUCUGCACCAAGAGGACGGUCCCCCACCUCGAGGAACAGCCGAAUGGCUCAACAUGCGCAGCUGGAUCUCAAGGCAUCUGCACCUUUCAUGUCCACGCAGAGUCUUCAGUCGCAGGAGCCUGCCCAAGCUGAGAGAGAUGUAUCAGCGUGUGUUUGAGAAGCCGCCAGACCGCCACUCUGAUUUUUCACGCCUGGCCCGACUGCUGACUGGCAACGCAAUAGCCCUGGUGCUGGGAGGAGGGGGCGCGAGAGGUUGCUCUCAGGUGGGCGUCAUCCGGGCUUUAUGCGAAGCUGGCAUCCCUGUCGAUCUGGUGGGUGGCACCUCUGUUGGCUCCCUGAUGGGUGCGCUGUUCGCAGAGGAGAGAAGCUACAGCCGCAUGAAAGUCAGAGCACGCGAAUGGGCCAUCGAUUUUGGAUCAAUGUUUAAGAAGAUCCUGGAUCUGACGUACCCUGUCACCUCCAUGUUCACCGGGGCUUCAUUCAACUCCAGCAUCGGUGCAGUGUUCAAGGACAGACAAAUUGAGGAUCUCUGGAUCCCGUACUUUAACGUCACAACAGACAUCACCGCCUCCUCAAUGAGAGUUCACACUGAUGGCUCUCUCUGGAGGUAUGUGCGUGCCAGCAUGUCUCUCUCGGGCUACCUGCCUCCACUCUGUGACCCGAAAGAUGGACAUUUACUCAUGGAUGGUGGCUACAUCAACAACCUGCCAGCCGACGUAGCUCGCUCAAUGGGUGCCAAGGUGGUGAUUGCCAUUGACGUGGGCAGCCAGGAUGAGACCAACCUCACCAAUUAUGGAGACGCUUUGUCGGGAUGGUGGCUGCUAUGGAAACGGUUAAACCCUCUGGCAGAGAAAGUGAAGGUGCUGAACAUGGCAGAGAUCCAGACUCGGCUGGCCUACGUAUGCUGCGUACGUCAGCUGGAAUCGGUGAAGGACAGCGACUACUGCGAGUACAUCCGACCUGCCAUCGACCGCUACGGCACGCUGGAUUUCGGAAAGUUUGAUGAGAUUGCUGAUGUGGGAUACCAGCAUGGUAAGACGGUGUUUGAUGUCUGGUGCCGCAGUGGUGUGGUGGAGAAGAUGCUCAAGGAUCGACAUCAGGAAGAGUUUCACAAGAGCAAGAGCACCAAUGUGGUGACCUGUCCUAAUGCAUUUUUCACUGACCUGGCUGAGAUUGUGUCCCGAAUAGAGCCAGUGAAGCAGGCCAUAGUGGACGAGGAGUCAGAAUAUCAGACAGACUACGAUGAGGACAUAGUGCUGUCAGACCUCGACCUGUCCAACACCAGCAGUGAACACGAGCACACAGAUACGGAUGAAGAAAUCAAGAUCACAAGAAGACACGGACGACACCGGAAACCCAACCACAAAAGUCAUAACUCCUACUGAGCAGAAAUGCGUAGUAAUACAUGAAACUGACAAAAGGACGUGAAAACCAGUGCCAACCAUUGAGUUUAGGUGUUUUAGCCACACAUGUUGCUGUCAACUGUGAUACAUGUGAUGGAUUGGUAAUCUAUCCUUUGAAAAAAAAAAAAUGUGUCAAUAAAUUCACUUCACGAUCAAAACUAUUUAAACCUGCCUAUGCUGAGAACACGUGAAAUUAAGCAGGCAGCUAUUCUUUAUUUCAGCAGUUCAGCCAGCAACAGUUUAGUCUAAGUGACCAUCCACAAAUGCACCCAACAGGACCACCAAGUUCUUAAAGUUUCGUUGCUGUACUUCUGAAAAGGCCGUUUUUGCUUCUUUGCCCUCCUUGGGGGAAAAAAGGUCCAUAAAAUGGUGAACCCUGACCUCAAACCCAUCCAACACCGUUUAAGCGAACUGAAACACUAACCGUCAACAGGCCUUAUUCUGCAACACUAUUAAGUGGGCAUUAUAUGAUUUUUUUUAGGGCUAUGAUCAAGUUUAAAAUUGUGAACCAUAAAUAAGCUGCUAAAUACAAAUACAGUAUUACUCAUUCUGUAUCACGUCUGUGGUCACAUCAGAAGCCUUUUGCUCUGAAUUUAUUUCUUAUGCAAGUCUUUCAAUGCAAUUUUGAUCAAAUAAUGUAGCUGUUCUGUGGUUAUUUGUUCUGUUUAUAAUGUUAGUAAGAAUGUGUCUGAACUGUAGACGUGUUUAUUGUAAUAAUGUUACGCUCAUGACAUUCAUGUUAAAGUAGUUGUUUGUAUAUGUUUGUACAUACAUAUUAUAGAAUAAUUUUUCUUGUUAGAAAACAAAAUACCUUACAGAUAUGUGGGCUGUUUCAUUUCCAAGCUCUGGAAAUAAAUAUAAAAAU